CUUUAUUUGAGUGUUAUGUAAUUGGGUGAGCAGCAUGUGUGUCUGCUGGGAGGAAAUUAAAAGCAACGGUCUCUGUGCGAUCUCUCUUUCCAGGCAAGCAGAGGAGCUGAGGGGUCUGCAGGCGGGGGUGAGAACUCAGACUUUACUUUGACUCUUCUCUUAUAUAAUCACGUGCAUGACUCUUUUAAAGGUUUACAAUCAAAGGACGGUUUCAUCGCAUACAUGCUGCAGAGAAAGUUCAGCAUGUUUUCACUGCGGUGCUGGUUGUAUUUGUGACACAUCUCAUGAUUAUUUUCGUAUUAAGGCUGUAAAUGACUCCGAACAGCGUGGUUAUAAUCACGUGUGACAAUUAAUGACAUUUUGUGCUCAAAUUUAAGACGCUUUCCUAUUUGAGUGUGAACGUAGUCCCGUGAAAGAGCUGUCAACUUCUCCAACUCCUCUGUACUUUUCAUUGGUCAACGCUGAAGGCAUGAACGAAUUUGGGGGCUUUGAUUGGUUUGUUUGUGCUCGCCAGGACAACAGGACCCGCCCCCUUCUGCCCAGGGUCACCGAACAGUCAAACAGACAGUCAGGAUUACAGAGCACUUUUUUAGGUUCACACUUACUGUGAUGAUAUGAUCUUUUAAUGCUGGCUGUGGACUCAUAAAAACAGAGUAGACAAACUAAAGACAGUUUUGAACAUUCACAACAGUAUUCUCUCCUGUCUAUGUCUGAUUAAAAAGUUAAAAUGCACAUGAAAACUAAUUCUGGCAGACAUUGUAGCUUGGCUGGUCUGUUAGAAAUACAAAAUCUGCACAGAUACACAAUUGGAACCUUCAACCUGUAUGUUGAAAUGACCAAAGAUCUGCCCACCCUGCUCUUUGGACCUAGUCUUACCACUGACUCUGAAAUGUUGACGUCAAGUGUGAGUGAGCUAAAGUAAUCUCUAUCACCACAAAGCUUUUUUCACAAAACUCCUGUACAUAUGCAAAUACAGCAGCACAGGCAGGCUGUGUCCUGUCUGGAUAUUGCUGAGCAUAUUUCGGUGUCAGUGAAAUGACUGAUGGUAGUGGUCUCUCUGAGCUGUAAAUGUGCUUUAGCCACAGAAGAGCUGGGACUAAAUUUCAGUUAUUCAAGGUUGCACACAUCAACUUGACUCAUGUGGGAGCCAGUUUAAAAACACGUGUUUUACUCAACAAAGAGUACCUUCAUUAUUUAAUAUGUGAUAUACUACUUAAUACUGUCAUGGCUUGAACUAAUCCCUAACAUAUUUCCAUGUUCUCCCGGUGUCCUCUCCAGAACACAUCGAGGUGUGAGGAUGAAGAUUGCUGUGAUUGGUCAGAGUCUGUUCGGCCAAGAGGUCUACAAGGAGCUGAGGAAGGAGGGCCACACUGUCGUAGGUGUCUUCACUAUUCCUGACAAGGAUGGCAAAGCUGACCCACUGGGUGAGGAAUUAACUGAAGUGGAAGAUUCAGACUUAUGCUGUCUCUGAACAGGACAUGAGUGUAGCACCAGUGGGACAGCUGUGACGGAGGGUGGGAACAACUUUUAGCACUCCCCUUGACGUCAAGCUAAAGAUGAAAGUGGUUGUUUCCAAGUCUUAAGGUUCAUUUUAUAUGGAGCAUUCACUGCUAAAUAAAGUAUAUUUGGGAUAAUCAUUAACCUCAAAUCUCAAGUUGAGAAGAAUAUUGGAUUUCUAUGUAACAUUAACCUUGUUAGCACAUGAGCUAACAUUAGCGUGGAAAUUGGUUUCAGUUCUCCUUUAAUGGUAACAGGCCACUAAUAUUAGAGCAUCCAAGGACUGAAUCAUCUUCAGUGUGUGUUUACUACAUGUUUUGGUUUCCUGUUAGUUUGGAGUAAAUGUAUGUCCAUCCAUACACAUAUGGGGGUCGGCUAGUCUGAGCCUGUUUAUUACUUAUUUAAGUAACACCUGGGGCCUGUUCUACGAAGCAGGAUUACUGCUUAGCGAGGUAACUUCGAGGGUAAAUUCGGGGUUUCCUGUUUUACGACGCGGGUUCACUUCUAAGCGGGGCGAGUCUCCAUGGCAACGUACGCUGAACGACUAACCUGCUCCAGGUUAGGUUCCAGAUUGAACUCACCGAGUAUAGAAACCCCGCCCACUGACCAAUAAGGUCUCUCGAAUAAUAGAAAAGCUGGAUCCACUUACGAGGUUGAUAACCAGCGUUGUAAGACCGUUUAGCGAGACCGCUGGCUAACGGGCUAAGUUGAUCAAGGGAGCUCCAAGGCUACCUCGCCAGGUUGAACUUGCUUCGUAGAAUAGGCCCCUGGACAGUGAGUGACCUCACAUCUUUGGACAGACCCUUCCCACCAUGUUAAAACCAACUUGCUGGCCAAGAUUUGAGGUUAUCGUGUCUAAAGGUAUUAUCUCUAAAGAUCCUACUGUUUGCAAAAAGAGUUUAAUGGUGUUAUAAAUCAACAUACAGAUUCACUGAACUCAAACAAACUUCAGGUAAUCAAAGUGAAUCAGUAACCAUUUAUUGAACCUGUCUUUGUCAAAGCUGUAAAUAAAUAAAAAUCCCAUUAAUGCUUUUUCAUGAUACUCACAAGCUAAAAAGAUCAUCAGGGACAAGAUUGACAAUAUGCAAAAACGCCCCUUUUGUAUGAUUUUCACAUAAAAUAAUUACAAUUAACAUUUGCAAAGUUAAAAGACCCUUCUUAGGCAAUUCGAGCACGAGGUAAGCAAGGACUGCUUUGUCUACAGGGGGCGCCAAAAUUGCCCCAACCCAACAGUAAUUUUUAUAUUUAGCUAGAGCUUCUUUUUGAAGUAGUCUUUUCAAGGGCAAACUGUGAGAGUUCAACUUUUAUUUUUCCUGCAGCUACUGAGGCAGAGAAAGACGGUGUCCCAGUCUUCAAGUUCCCCCGCUGGCGUGUUAAGGGUCAGGCCAUCCCAGAGGUGGUAGCUGAGUACAAAGCCACCGGUGCUGAGCUCAACGUUCUGCCUUUCUGCUCCCAAUUCAUCCCCAUGGAAGUUAUCGACCACCCCAAACACGGCUCCAUCAUCUACCACCCCUCCCUGCUGCCUCGCCACAGAGGGGCCUCCGCUAUCAACUGGUGAGUGACAAACACCAGAGAGGUGGAAACAUGGCAUCAAGCCCAGUCUCUCACCUGUCGUCUCUGACACUUACAGGACUCUGAUCCACGGGGACAAGAAGGGUGGGUUCACAGUGUUCUGGGCUGAUGACGGACUGGACACUGGACCAAUCCUGCUGCAGAGAGAGUGUGACGUUGAGCCCAAUGACACCGUCAACAGCAUCUACAAGAGGUUUCUGUUUCCUGAGGGAGUCAAAGGCACAGUGAGUGUUGAGAAAAUACUGCUGAUGUUCAAGCUAGUUGAUAGAAUCAAAGUAAGAGUAGGAAUGAAUAUCAGAAACAUCUAAUUUUUUUUAUAAUGUAUGUAAGGGACUGUCUUCAAACAUAUAUGCACACAUACAUACUAGGGCUGGGAGGUAUGGGAAAAAGUUUAUCAUGAUGUAUUUUUCUCAUAUCAGUUGAUAUUGAUAUAUAUCACGAUAUACAAAAAUCACUUGUUAAUCUUAAAUGUUACCUGUUGCUCUUAUAUGAAAUGAAAUAGUGCUUAUUGGUAGCAUGUCUUUUGCAGUACAGUAAGCUACUGCAUCUGUGAGGUCUUUGUGUCUCUUUGACAUUUUGUCGUAAGGCGUUGCGCUAGAGCAGUGGUUCUCAAGUCCAGUCCUCGAGGCCCCCCGUCCUGCAUGUUUUGGAUGUUUCCCUGCUCCAACACACCUGAUUUAAAUAAUUAGCUCUGUAAUGAAGCCAUUACAGAGCUUGAUAACGAGCUGAUCAUUUCAACAUGCAGGACAGUGGGCCUCGAGGACUGGACUUGAGAACCACUGCACUAGAGAAAGCAGACUGAAUGGUCAGCUGUUUCAGCUGCACAGGCGCCAUGGGCUCCUUGGCUGUGUCUGAAAUGGAUCCCUAACCCCUAUAUCGGUGACUACAUGGGGGUUAGCGCCAUUUUUGAGGGGUGUCUGAAACCUCAGUGAUCAAUUCCAGUGCCCAAUAUAGGUGACUCAAAAUUUCCCAUAAAGCAUUGCAAAAUGUAGUGACCAUCCGAUGGUCACUGAACUGUCAUGCAUUGCAUCUUGCCAUGUAGUGUCCGAAACCUCCUAUAAUUGAGUUCACUACACAGUUACUUAUAUAGUAAAACCGCAUAUGGGGGUCAGGGGUUAGGGAUUGAGUGAUUCAUUUUCGGACACAGCCCUUGCUCGGCUUGGGGUUUGUAAACUUUUGCAUUGUGCGUGCUCUGCCGCGUGGCACUGCCUCAGGUGCUGAAAAAGAUUUGAGGUAUUCCCGAUUUUUCGAAACACAUACUCGGCAUAAUUUGCAGUGCACGCUACGCUGCUUUAUGUCCAACCUCAAAAAAACAAAAUACCUCCACACCACCAACGUUCUUGUGUUAGUGUUGUGAACGAUGCCGUCAUCUGUUGAGCCUUCAUCUACAUUCAUUUUUUCUUUGAGUGCUAUGGUUGCGUGUAGCUGCAUCCUGCUACUACACAGUUGUUUGCUACUUGGUUCUAAUUCAGCACAUGAUUGGUUCAGUGCGAAGUGGACCUGGAGCAACUCCUCUUUUCAUUGGCUAUUUGUAUAGUCUACCAAAACAUGGCAGAAUGCUGGCUAUCGAAAAGCAUAUUGACCGUAUUUUAUACUGAUAUUGAGGGAAAUUAAUUUUCGAUACAUAUCGUUAUCGUUUUAUCGCCCAGCCCUAUGUGCAACAUUACAGUAAAUGACCAAAUUUGCUCAUGCACUACAGUCAGUGUUGCAUUUACAUCUUAAAUUUCCCUCUUGAAGACAAAGUUUAAGUUUCUGCUUAGCUUAACGAGAGGGGAGAAUAACAGAGCAAUGUGUUCUGAAGACUGAGGUUGGCUUUGGUUUGCCAGUCUCAGCAGUAAAGAAGCACUCACAAUGUUAUCUUUGAAACAGUGUUUGAAAACUGAUUUGACUGAAGAAAAGCCUCACUGAUAAUCACCUGUGAGCUCUGCAGGUUUGUUCAUGACCCCCAGGGUUUGUUUGUUUAGGUCUCUUUGGAGGGAAUGAACUUUUGGUCACUAUUUCUACUUGGACCUGCUUCGGUUACACUUUAACCACCAAUGUUUUGUAGUAAAGGUCACACGCUAUGAUUCAACAAGUUAUUAGAUGAGUCUGUCUUUCAGGUGAAUUUCUAAUGUAGGUAAAGAAAAAAAGCAAGGAACUAAAUGAUAGUCUCUGUGGUCUGUCUGCCUGCAGUCAGCUUCCUCUCUUUGGUUUUCCAUCAUUACAAACACACUUCACAGAUGUUGUCUUACACUGCAUCGCUCUGAUUCCAGGUGGACGCGGUGAGGCUGAUCGCAGAAGGAAAAGCCCCAAGGAUCACGCAGCCAGAGGAGGGAGCGACGUACGAGUGCAUUCAGAAAAAAGACAACUCAAAGGUAACAGAGAGGGACAUCCAGAGACGUUUAGUGGCCCUUCAUUACUUAGUGGGACACAUGAAGCAAGAAUCUGUAUUUUUUUACUGCAUGAUAUUUGCAUGUUCCAAUGACUGUAUUUCUUCUAAAGCCAUAAUAAGAUCAGAUUUCUUUGUCUGUGUAGAUUGACUGGAAUCAGACUGCCGAGGCCAUCCACAACUGGAUCAGAGGAAAUGACAAAGUCCCUGGUGCCUGGGCAGAUAUUGACGGACAGGUAUUAGCUCACUCUGUAUUUGCUAACAGCAGCUCUCUUUAAUAUGAGAUGAGAAAACUGUGUGUGAUAAUCGGGGAUUAGCAGCAGAGACCAAAAGAGUGACGUUGAGGAGUUAACUGCUGCUGUGACACAAGAACACACAGAGCAACCAUAGCUGCUGCUGAAUUCCUCUCAGUGUCGUGUUUUGGUUUUUGUCCCUCCUCCUGUAGAAGGUGACUUUCUUUGGCUCCAGCCUGGUGGACAAUGGCACAGCAGCAAAUGGUCAGCCCCUGGAAAUCCCCGGAGCCAGCAGACCCGGCAUCGUCACCAAGGCGGGGCUUGUGCUUUUUGGCAACGAUGGAAAGACGGUAAGUUAAGAGAAAUGAAAAGGGAGACUUCUCUGCCUCCUCACUAAGAUACAUCUUUAAUGAUAUUCUAAUAAAUGAUGGAAGGUGAAAAGUGUGCUAUUUAAGGAGCCUCUAAUAACUUAUUAACCUAACCACUCUUCAUAACGUCUCUGUCACAAUAAAUAUAUGUCUUGAAAGCCUAAAUUUUUAUUAAAAAUAAGGUAUAAAUCUACCCUGUGUAACUGAUGCAUGAAAGCAUGUGUCUGCAAACCGUUACAAAAGCAGUUUAGAGCUCCUGAUUUAGGCACCCAGGUCAUGUCCGUACAACACAAACGAGUCCCAACUGCACAAACCAGGAAACCUGAAAUCGAUCCUUCAUUUCCUAAAGCCUGUGUCGGAGUUAAAUAUUUCUCUGCUGUCCAAUUUUUUUUUACUUUUGUAGAAAAACAUGGAGGUUUGCUGUAAAAGGUAAAACAAAAUUUCAGAUUAGAUUUACGUUGUGGUCCUUUUCCUCAUGACUAUAUGUGAGCAGAGUUAAAAGUUGAUCCAGAAUAGUGGUGGGGGAGUUGAUGCCCCUUUGUUGCCCCUAUGCAAAAAAAAUGUCUCUAAGUGCCCCCUUGAAUCCUCUUUGUAGGGGAUGGGACAUGUAAAAUGCUCUCUCUAUUUCCCUGUCAGUAGAAAACAUGUAAAGAAGGCCCCCAGGUGCUGUUUUAGGACAGUGGAUGAAAUGUGGAGACGAGCCCUCUGAGAUAUCUUCUAAUGGAUACAGUGGCAGAAAGUGUCCGAGUGGUAAUCUAGCCCUAUCAUACUGUCGAUCUUUUGUUCUUUAGAAAACUCAAAGUUAGGCUACAUAAUCGAAAGUCUUGUUCACAGAAGUGCAAGAAAUCUAUGGUUAUGUAUAUGAGUGACGUGAAACCACAGCGUUAGAAAGAACAGGUUCACUCUUAUCAGAGUGCAUGACCUGCAUGACCCAGGAGAAACUCUGGGAGCAGAGUUUGGAGUCGCCUUUUUUUCCCUCUUCCUCAUCCAAAAAAGGGGCCGACGGUUCUCCUGCUCCUGUCACGCUGUAUAUAUCCGUCUACUGUAUGUUUCUUGGAAAGGAUGAACUUUAAAUGGGAAUUUCCCCUUGUGGGAUUAAUAAAGGAGUAUCUUAUCAGAAAAUCAGCCUCAUGCAGGAUGAAGCAUUCCUGCGUGACCCAGAAGGAGUGAGAAAUAAUGAAGACUAUUAUCAACAAUUACUGUGUUCAUUGUUUACAUUUUUAAUGUUUACAUAAAUGGUUUACAAUAAUUGUAUAACAUUUCUGAACAACGCAAAAGAAAAACACAACUGAGGUAUAUUCAUGUCUUUAUAUCUACUGUAUAUAUAAAUGUAUAAAACAGUGUAGAUCAGGUAACACAAUGACAAUAAUGUACCAUGGAUGUAUAAAGUGUAAUUAAUGAGAGUUCUUUAAAAGGAGUUUGAAGAGGUUGACAGUAACUGAGUGGAGUUACUAAGCUUCAUCAUCUCUAAUAAGGUUUGUUUUCAUGCCACUGAGGACGGUCCUCGUCGUGAGUGAACAGAGGUGCAAACAUGGAGGAAAUCUUAGUAUGUUAGGGGUCCAUCAUUUCAGAGAGAUAGGACUGAUAAUCCCCUCAGACACAGCUGUUCCUACAAGAACUCAGACCAUGGUGUCACAUAAGCUCUGCACUUGUGCGGUUCAGACAGAGCUCCAUUGUGUCCUUUUGUUAGUCUUAAUGUUGUUCUGUGUCUGUAGCGCCAGCUGAUAAAGUCCGUGUCAGCUUCCUGUUCAGAUUGUAAUGAUGUGUGUUUCUGUUUUAAUCAGACAGAUCCUUCAUUUAAUUAGUGUUUUGAGAGAAAGCUUACAUGUGAGUGUUAGAUGAGAAAAACAAUACAUUAGUCAAAACUUAGUGUUUAAGUUUGGCUGCUUGUCGGCCUGGUGGUCUAAGCCUUCACCCCAUACUCAGAGGCUACAGUCUGGUUACAGCAGUCUAGUUCAACUGCGGGACACCCCAAACUCUCUCCUCUUUAUGUCGUCUGUCUCCCUGCAGCUGUCACAAAAACAAAAUGGCUAAAAAAAAUACUUGAAUGGAUGUUGUGUGUAUGUUUUGGGUAUUCUGGUGUAAAUUUAAGUUGUGGUCAAACACACCAUACCACCAAACUAGACACCUCUUUGAGAGAUGAAUGUUGCCGACUGCUUGCUGAUACCAACUUUAUUGCAACCACACGAUAGCAAAGCACAGCGGUCUACGUCUCCACGUGCAAACCUCAACCAAAAAGCCACUCUAUAGCCACAAAUAAUGCUCAGAACAGCACCUAACUUCAUCAACAGUACAUACAGGGUCCCAGUCAUAGUAGUAGCCAUCAAACAUCUUUGUGGUCGUUACUAAAGUUGGUAUAACUGAAGAAGCAAGCAGUCGGCUACAUUCAUCUCUCGAGGGGGUGUCUAACUGGGUGUUACGGUGUGUUUUACCAUAACUUAAAUUUACGCCAGAAUAUCCCUUUAAGUCAGUAAACUGUUAGUCACUCAGCAGAGAGACAACAGUUAACAGCUUGUCUGGCUCUGUACAGAGCUCAAAAACACCUGUACAGCACUCUCUUAAAGUCAAGCUAUUAAGUAGAUAUCCUCCUGACACCCAAGAGUUCAGACCUCAGGAAAAGCCUGUGUGCAGCUUCAAAAAAUACAAUAUGAAUGCAUCUACAACCCAUAUUUCAAAGGAGUUGGGACACUGUGUAAAAAUGUUUCACAAAUCAUGUCAACCCAAUAUUUCACUGAAAAUAGCACAGAAACAAAGAUGUUAUUGUUAAGGAAAAAAGUCUUAGCUCAUGUGAAGUUUGAUGAUUUUCAAAAGGACAGAUUGAGGCCUGAUUUCCGUUGUUGGAGCCAGUCGUCCAGACCUCAGUCCACCUUCAGUGGCCCCAGGCCUAGAAAGGUUGCCCACAUUUCUGGAUCAUGUUUCUCUCUGCUUUCCUCUCGGCAUGGUUCAGUAUUAACCUCGUUCAUGGAUGCGGUGAUGAACUGUAUUCCCAGACAAUGUUUUUUGGAGGUGAAUCCAUGCGGUGUUUUCCACUGCAGAGUCCUGUCUGUUUCUCCACAUCCUCUGAAUCUUUUGACAUUUUAUACGGUAAAUGAUAAAAUCUCCAAAUUCCUUAAAAAUGUUGUGCUGAAAAAAAACAUUCUAAAGCGGUUGACCUGAUUUUGCAUUAUUUUCAGUUCCUAACAGGGUUGAAAUGAUCUCAUAGGGUCAGCUGUCUCCCUCUUUGUCUUUAUGCUAAAGUUACUUCAGCUCCAUACGACAGUCUCUCAUCUAACUUUAGUGGUGAUAUAUCCCUUAGAAACUGUUGGGUAAGGCUGAUGUUGGCCCAUUCUUGUGGAAAAGGGUUUGAAGUUUAGGGUUGAUCUUCAAAGAGGAGUGUGUGCCUACGUGUGUUUGUGCGUACAUGGUUUUGUGUGUGUGCGUUUAAGUAGUACGAUGGAUGAGUUUCACAGUUCACUAUUGCAAGUUGAAAAAACUGGUUCUCGCAGAUGUGUAGACCUAUUUUCUCCUCGUGUUUCUGAAUAUGUGCACCGAGUUUUAAACGGGACUUUGACUUGUGGACAGUUUGACACCGUGAACUUUCCUCAUGUGUCUCUUCAUCAGCAGCCUCUCAGUGAACAACUCCUCGCAUUCAUCACAUUUGUACGGUCUCUCCUCUUUAUGUUUGGCCAAAACGUGUUUCCUCAGAGUGGAUCCUCUGUUGAAGGAUUUGUCACAGAUAUGACAGCUAAAAGGCUUUUCUCCUGUGUGGGUUCUUAUGUGUUCAGUCAUGUGUCCCUUCAGUUUGAAACACUUCCCACAGAAGUGGCAGCUGUACGGUCUCUCUCCUGUGUGGACUCUCAUGUGGUUUUGCAGAUUGCUCUGACAGGGUAUGUGUUUGCCACAAAUAUGACAGUCAAAGUUCCCUUUGCUCUCCUGUGCCUUGCUUUCGUGUGUUUUGAGGUGCCAUGUCAGCACAGUUUUUUUGGUGAAUAUAAGGUUGCAUAUGUGGCAUCGGUACAGGGUGGUGCUUGUUUUCUCCUCUGACUGCUCUGGGUCCUCUUCAGGGGUUUGCUCUUGCUCUUGCUCCUGCUCCUGCUCCUGCUCCCGGCUCUCCUCUGCUGCUCUACAGUCUUCUAACUGCUGCACCGUUUUGAUAAGUUCUUUGGUCAGCGAGUCUCCGUCAUCGCUGUCCUCCACUGACAGCUGCUCCUCAUUCCCAUUGAUCCACAGUUCCUCCUUCUGUUCCUCCUCUUCCUCCUUAACCUGGGAGGGUCCGGGCUCAUCCUCACACAAACUGCGACUCCACUCCUGCUGUUUAGGGGGAGUGUCCUCUGUGGGUGUAGGUGCAGUCGGCGGUUUGGCAUCUGCAAGGAUAAACAUAGAAAUGUGUAACACUUGCAGGACAUGACGUAGUAAUAAGCACCAAAAUAUUGAUCCACACCCAUCAGAGUUUUUACCUUUGAGAAAAGUUUGGAGCAGCUGCCUCAAAGCCACAUCAACUUCAAGAAGGGACAGAUCAGGCAAUAGUGUAAAAGUGGUCUACGCUACUGAGACUAUGCAAAAGUGACACAACAGUCAAAGACCGUGACCAUAUAGGUGGAAAUUUAAGAGACUGUUUCAGAGUUUGGUCUAGACCUGCUCUUUAAGAAAGCCUCCGAAAGUAACAAUUGUUGUGGUCUGGCGCUAUAAAAUUAAAAAUUGACUGAUUGAGAGCCAUGAUGGUAAAACCAGAACAUUCUCUGUGCUUUGCCUAUGUUAGUGUGGGAAUAGUUGAGCCAAGUGCCAACAGGGGGAAUUAUGGGAAGUAAAUCUGAAGUUAUUUUCUGUAUCUGUUCAAAAGGCCGAUGUCAAGAACUUCAUGUGAUUUAUAUGGUGGUGCGGUAUAUUUAGGAUGAAAAUGUUCAUUUUUAGAUUAUUGCCGUCAUGGAAACUCUACCAACGGUUAAUAAUCAGGGACUGUGCAACAGUAAAUGACGUUACACCUGAGUUGACGGCAAUCCAGUAAACAAGUCGGAAAACCAAGAUGGACGCUGUUAGCCGUUGUCAGCUGUUGUUCGCUAUACCAGUUGUAAACAAAUCAUAACACAGUAGUUUUCUCUUACUAACACCAUAGCGCCUUGUUCACAGUUAGAUGUUGGGCAGUACAACAGAAGUGCUAAUAAAUUCUUUCACUGUUCUUUCACUGUUACUCUUUACUGUUGAUGCCCUGCACUGCCAUCUUAGAUUAUGACAUCAUCAAGUCAGGGUUGGCGAGGAUCGUUCAACUUUCAGAGUGGGAAAUCAGACUUCAGGGGGGCGCUCCAGAUGAAUUUCCAACUCAGAGCUUGGAAAUCCAAACUUCCGAGUAAAAAUGGAAUGCACCAUUACUUACACGUAGGUAGCCCAGUGAUGAGCGUUAUAAUGAAAAGUAAGAUGGUGGUUUAGUAGAGUAGGGUCCCUGCACAGUCACUUAACCCGGACCCUCUAGGGUGAAAUAAGAGUCACCACGAGAGGUUUGAAACUCUUUUAUAGUUAGUGUAAGUGUCUUCACUCUGCUCACUGAUUAACUGUUUGUAGCUGUUUUUACCCCGCUGAUUGCCUCCAAUCACAUGAUGGAAAAAAGUCAAGCAGUAAUUGCAUGUCCUGUUUUUAUUGACACUGCACUUAUCAUAACAGCACAUCACAGGAAUACACAGCAAGGACAAACAAGUUUAAGUCUGAAAUGAUUUCAGGGCAGACUUAAGUGCAACUUCCAGUAACUGAGUUGAUAAAACAUUGCACAACAAAUCCUAAACACAACAACUUAAAGCCCUUUCAUGCACUGAAUCUGCAUGUAUAACUACAAACACAUGAUCAAGUCCAGAAAUUAUUUCACUACUUCCAAGUGCGCUUUCUUACUCAUUAUCUCAUCUGAUGCAUUAACAGUGCAAGAGGACGUAUUAGUGCCAUCGGUCAUAGCUGCUUCUUUGGGAAGCAAAUCCAUUCAACGAACCAUCACAAAAAUUAACCAUAAAUUAAAAAAAGACUUCUACCCCAUGUCUCACACGGGGUAGGUGACAUCAUGGACUGCCCUCAAGUGUCGUUUCAGCAGAACGAGCAGAGGGAAGCACUGGCUGCACUGCAUGCACUUGAAGGCAUUGUUCUCCAUGUGUUUGUUCCUGGCAUGUUUGCUCAUGGUGGAGGACCUGUUGAAGCUCUGGCCACAGAUGUAGCAGGUGUAAGGCCUUUCUCCAGUGUGAGUCCUGAUAUGCUCCUUUAUGUGACUUUUCAUUUUGUAUCUGUUGCCACAGAUGGGGCAGGCGUAGGGUUUCUCUGUGGUGUGUGAUCUCAUGUGGAUCAUCAUGUGACUCCUGCUGUAUGUGGUUUUGGCACACAGAGAACAGGUGAAUGUCUUGUUCCCGAACUUUGGUGAAAGUAACGAAGAAUGACUUGCGAGGUGACACUUGAGCUCGAUCUUUUUCUCAAAAGGCUUGCAGCAGAUGUUACAGAAAAACAGGUUUCUCUUCUGCGUGUACGCUGUAGACACUUCAAAAGAUGGCAAUGGCUGUUCCUCAUCUGGCAAUUCAUAAUCUAAAUGCUCCCCCACUGUCACGACACGCGUUAAGGCAUCCAGGUCUGCGUAGUCACUGUGCUCUCCGACCAUUAGAGAUCGUGUUGUGUCAUCUUGCAUUUCAUUUUCUUCAUGCUCCCCAAUUUUGACCACAUGAGUCAGUGAGUCUGUAAUGCUGCAGGAUGGUGGACAUACAGGUGUCUCCCCACGCCUGGACCAAGGUUCAGUGUGCUCUUCUUUUAAGGGCAGGGUGUCUGGCUCCUCCCUGGGAACACAAUCUCUCUGUAUCUGCUGCUCCUGAGCACAAACCUCCUGUGUAGGACUUGGACUCGGAGUGGUCAAAUCAAUCUGCCUUGCAUCUGUAACAGUGGAUAGGAGAAUGUUUUUGGUAGCAGCUUGAAAAAUAACUUCUUAGGUCACACAUGAACUAGACUUUGGGAAACUUGAAUGAUCCCCAGCGGUGACGCAUGUCUUAACAGCAGCAGAGAAAUCCAAAGCAAGUUAUGGCUUGAGAGUAGCGAGUUGAGGCGUGAAUAAACCAUGAACAAAAGGCUUUUUUGAGUGUGUUAGACAGAGGAAUAAAUAAAGAUCUGGAACACACUGACUGGCUGGACUGAACAUUCAUAAUACUGUAUGUUGGUGAUCUAGUAAUGAGACAGAAAGGAAUAAUUCACCUAGACAAAGUUGUAUGAUUAGUGGCAUAUCCAGAAACUUCGAUUCUGUGUACAUGUAAGGUUUUCUGUAAUCAGGAAAAAAAACAAACAAAAAAAAAUGUAAAUAUAAACUUGAUACUUAGAAAAGUAAGAGAACCAUGAAUUUGACCGGGUGGUGGCGAUCUCUGUGGCCAGGGAAGGGUGCACGAUGGGUGGCCACACACCUCCAGAGCAUCCCCCUUGAUACUUUGAAAAGUCAGAGAACCAUAAUUUUGGCCGGGUGGCGGCGCUCUCUGUGGCCCAAAAGGUCUCACCGUGCUGGGCAGUAGCUCUGGCGAAUGCCUCAGAAUUAGCUCUGGAGCCUCCUGCUAGCUAGCCUGUCACAUCGCCAGCUUGUUUCUGAAUCGAUCGGUAGUUUGAAUAAAGUUUUUAAGGUGAAGUAUUGUACUUGCGAAGUACGGAUUGGGUAGGUAGUGAGUCACUGCCAUAAAAUACAUUGAAAUGCCAAGAGAGGAAGUGAUGUGCGUUGAGCACAUGCGCAGUGCAAAUCAGGUUUUCGGGAUGGAUAAGGUAGUGAUAUGUACCUCUCUUGAAACAAUUCUGUGACACGCAGUGUAACUCUUCUAUGGCGCCUGCGCGUGUCCGGCCAAAACAACCUUCAUAGGCGUGCUCUGUACUCUUCUUCUGGAAGAGUCUUCCUUGGCAGCGUUACAGCGCCACUUACUGGCUUGGAAUAUACACUACAUCAUUUUCAAUGGUCUCAUUUUUAGAGAUGAUAGAAAAACUUUUUAUUUUUAAAGUGAAGUUUGGUGAAGGUGUCACCGAAGAAAAUAUUGAAAUCGACAAUUGAGUUUUCAGAGGAAAAAACCUCGAUUUUAUUUUCAGCCAAAAUUGUGCAGCCUUGAUUCAUAUUCACAAUGAUUUGAGGGUCAGUGGAUCUUACUCUCCUUUACGCCACUGAUGCGACUUUCUACAUCAUUCCCAUCAUGCUUUUCUGCAACAAACUUGUAAGUUAUGGACCUGGCACUCCACUCGGUCUUAGCUUAAAUAACACCAGGAAGAAUCACGGUGAAAGUACACAGAUCAUGACUUAGUUAAGAUAAGUGGCGUCAAAUUACUUUCUUGAAAGAAGUGCAUGAACUUUACAACAACAACAACAAAAUUAUUUUUAUUAAAGCUUUUCAUAAUCAGCUUAUUCACAGACUUUGCAUGCACCCACAGAUAUUAUGUAAGCAUAGAUUGGCAUGUUGUAGUGGGGUAUAAAGUGGCAGAGUGACAGAAAUGCACUUUAUUUUUUUAUUAGAUGGGUUGUAAUUAAAGUGAAACAAGCCAAAUAAAAACACACAAACUCCCCUGCUGAAAAAAAAUGUGCAGUCUCUCUCUGCAGAUGCUCAGAGUGUAAAACAAAGUUACUCAAAAGGUUGUACGGCUCAUUUGCAUACUGGACGUGUGACUCAGUGAGGUUGGCUUGAGCUAUGACAGAGGAGCACAGUGUUAAAUAUUUCAGCCAGGCCCAGAAUUCAGCAGCCUGACUGUACUUAUGAGAAGAAGAGAAACCUGCAAUAAUCAGCAAAAAAUCACAGCUGGAUACUUUGACUAGAACAAAUGCUCCAUAGAAGCUCUCUUUUUCCUACUGUUCGGCUAAUGAGUCAUAUUUAAGGUGACUCAACUUCAUUCCAGUAAAGGUGGCUAUGGUAAUCCAGACCCUGAGGUACAUGAUGAUAAUGAAAUAGUUAAUACAUGAACAUGACCUUUUUAAAUUACCACAGAUAUGCCUGUGGUAUCACAGGCACAGCUUUUUAUGCCCCUGCACAGAUACUGGUUGCCACUUUCCCACCUAUCUAAACUUUGUGGUUGAGAAGUUUACUUCAUCAGCUUGGGGUAUCGUUGAUAGAAUGUCAGUUUUACUCUUUACUCACUGAGUGUGUUUACAUGCACAGUUUAAUCGGACUAAGCUCAUAAUUUUUUUUUUUUUCUCUGAAUCGGACUUCUCUCCUUGUCCGCGUGUAUGCAGCUGAGAAAAUCAAAUUAUUGACAUGUCCUCCAUCCCAAAACUAGGGGGCGAUAUGAGUCUUUUCAGUGGCGCUGUUUUCGGUUGACCUCAUACAACUGUCAACAACAACAGCAGGUCCGUGUCAGACGUCAGAAGUAGCUACAACUGCCGCUGAGCAUUUUCGAGCAAGAAGAUGGAGCAUAGGACAACGUUGUUUUUGUCGUAUAUGAUGUAUGCGAUACUUUUUCUGCAAAUGAGGUGCACGCUACUCCUCGUGCUACUUCUUCUCUGGUGUUUUUGUUCCAGGGUUGCACAUGCAUUGUCCAAUCAUACUUUGACGACCCUGGUUACAUGGUAGAGAAAAUCGAAUCCAAUUGCAUUAUCUGGGUGUCUUAACUGGAGUUCUCUGACUUAAAUUGGAGUUCUCAAACUCCGAUUAUAGUCGGACUAAGGUGUUGACAUGAACCUCCGUUGUCAAAUCUUAAUCAGAAUAAGGCAAUAAUUCAGUUUUCUUGAGUGUCAGGUAAACAUACUGACGUCAAAUCUGCAGUAAACUUCAACAACGUCACAUGAGAGGGACUGAUGUUGUACUGAAUAUCUUAAAAACUGAACCAGACGCCUCAGACCAAAGACAGAUCAGCAGAUACUGAGACACUGCGUUUAAAGAAGUUAUACAGCCUACAUUAAUGAGUCAAAACUUAGAAGAAAAAUAUGUUUUUCUUUGCUUAUUCUGACUUACCUUCAACAACUAAAUCCAGUGCAGAACUUGAUAAACUCAAUUCAAAGUUUAUUCAAAUUCUAUUCAAACUGGAUGAUUGCCAAGCAACCAGGGCAUUCUUCUGAACCCUGUGGAUGUCUAAUCUUUAUUGACUGUAUACUAAGAGACAGAGAAAUGCCAGUUUGAAGGUCACUUUUGUGGCCUGUAUGGAUUUGGGGUCUCAGCUCAGACAAUGGUCUGCUGUAAUGUUCAUUGACACACCAGGCCCAGGUGGAGGUCCUAAUUAUGUUAAACUGUUUAUCCCUCUGUGAUCCAACAGGAGCUGAAAGUUCGUCCACUAUUUAAUGUUACACAUACACUUAGACAUAUUUUAUAAGUAUCAAGACAUAAAUGGAAUUAAACUUGUAAUAAAAAUAUUAAGAAAUUAAAUACAUCUUAAACACAGAUAAUAUAUUUGUCUUACUAAGCUGAAUAAUAACAACAACACGUCUAAUAGUGAUAUUAAUACUCCUCAGUCUUAAUUUAGAGGUUCACCGGAAGUGUCGUGAUGGUCUUGAGCUUCCUGUCGUUAGCCUUAAAACAGUUGCUAUCUCCUUCUGCUAACGCCGCUUGUCUCUUCGCGUUAAACGGUCUGCUCACUGCAAACACUCUCUGUGUGCCAGCCUCGUAAUAUUGUCAGACAAAUGACGGUAGACAAGGUGCUGUUAGUUUGGUGAGGCACAUACCUGCCCUGUGCAAUCGUAUCUCAGGUUUGUAGACCAAAUCCAGGAGCCGCUGUAACCGCUGGUUCUCCAGUUUGGUUCGGUAGACCUCGUCCUGGUAGUCUAUUAUCGUUUUCUCCACGAACCCGUAGAUGUCUACGGCUGCUGCUGUUAAUCUCUCCGUCAGGAAGACGUUGAAUGACUGAAGCGUCGCGUUAGCCAUCGUGCUGCCAGCUGUCAGCCCGCAGUCUGACUGAGAAGAAAUGAAGCAGCAGCAGCCAAGGAAACACGGUUCAUCUGAGCCACACCACCACCCAGUGGACGGGGCUGUGUAUAACUACUCUGUUAUAAACACCCUAACACAGUGGUUCUUAAACUCUUUCUGCAAGGCCCCCCUUUGGCAGAUAAAAACUGUCUCAGGGUUCCCCUACACCUCACUGAACACAUCAACAUGUAAAUGAAAAAUAUGUGAAUGUAUAAAAAACCACACCGUCUGUCACAAACUGCUAUUGUUUUUCCAAUUUACCUCAAUGAAACGUCAAACUUUUGACCCAGAAACGUCUUUAAAAUGUAUUCUUUCAGCCCUGAAAUAAGUCAGUGGCUACAGUGGGCUUGUUUAGUGCCACAGAUCUUCCCCAGUCUGGGAUGCAGCUGUGAGACUGCCACUCUCAGUUCAUUUUCAAUGUCCAGUUUUGAUCGGUACUUGGUCUUGAUGGACAAGACUGCAGAAAAACCUGCCUCACUCAGUUAGGAUUUGGCAAAAAGGAGGAGAAUAGUCAAGGCUCUCCUGCCCAGCAGACCUCUCCCAGUGCAGUCCCUUUGUUACCCAUUGUUGUAUCUGUGAAGCCAAAGGCGAGAUAUGAAUCAUCAUAUUUUCUUGACUCUUUUUUAGUAUCUUCUGUUGUAGUGUCGUUGUUGCCCUUGUGUUUCCCUGAAGGUCCGCUGACGUUUGCCAUGACUUUUUAUGGUGUCAUGACCUUGUGUACUAAAUCUGUCUGUUUUGACAAUGUGCACUGUAUUUAUUUAGCACGGGGCAUGACCCACUUUAGGAACCACCGCCCCAAGAGAACCCAAAUAACAUGACCAUUAUCAACAUUAUGUAAGAAGUACAGCAUCUUCUUUUUUAUUCUUACUUAAGCAUUAACGAUGUAAAAAAUCUCAAAGUAAAUAACAAGAACAUGUAAGAAGUAAAAAGUCAAUUAUCAGUUCGUACUGAACUAUGAUGUUAAGAAGUCCUUAAAGUAACUUUGGCAUGGUGUCAGAUAAGCUGAUGUGUUCACUUUUAUUGACAUCAUCUAACACUAAAUCACACCCUGCUACAUGUUACUUAUUCAAGAGUUUGUUCGACCGGGAAACACUUUCAUAUUUUCAGAGUUUGUCCUGAUUUCUUGCUGUUUUUCUCUGCAGCUGCUGGUGAAGAACCUUCAGUUUGAGGAUGGAAAGAUGAUCGCUGCAGCUCAGUACUUCAAAGCAGGAAGCAGUGCUGCUGUGGAGCUCACAGAGGAGGAGAAAACAUUUGCCGAACAGAUGAGGGUAGGUCUCUCUCUACUUUUAGAUCUUCAGGGAAACUGUUGACAUAAUGUUAAAAUGAUCUAAGCCUCUUCAGGAAAACUGUUGAAAUAAUGUUAAAAUGCUCUAUGCUGCUUUACAGGCAGUCUGGCAGAGUAUUCUGACUAAUGUCAGUCAGAUUGAAGACUCCACUGAUUUCUUCAAGUCUGGUGCUGCUUCUAUGGAUGUAGUUAGGUACGUAAAGAAGCUAAAAGAUCUUUGAAGAGAAGUUAUUCAACUGGUCCAAUAUAUAAAGUGUAUUUUGGAGACUUGACUAUCUGCAACUAGCUCAGUAUUACAAAAUGCAAUUAAAAAUACCAAUGAUUACUUUUCCUAUUUAUUUUGCACAUCAAAAAAAUUCUGAAAAUCAGAGAGCUUAUCUGAAGUCUCAAAUUAGUGUUUAAAAAUCACACAUUAAAAAGCAUCAAACUGAAUUACAAAACAGUUGUCAUAAUUAAUGGUAAGAACACAAUGUCUUUGAUGACAUAAAGUUGCAACAACAAUCAAGCCAACAAUGUCAAGACUGAGAUAAAAUAAAACCUGUAGAUCAGCCUGUGGGUGAGCAGCAUUUUUCAACCAUAUUAACACCACAGGGAUGAUAUUACAUUACACUUGGAGGUGAUUAAACAACUGUUAUCACAAUUUUCCCAUACAAAAUACAAAAUCACUACAGUCAGUGCACUAAAAAGUUCCUUUUUAGUACAGACAUUUUCUGCAUUGUGUAACAAUAAGUGUUAUCAAUGGAAAAAAAAUCCACUGAACUUGGGUUAUCAUAGUAACCAGAGUUUGUGGGCUUGAAGGACAAAUGCUUUAAUUUUGUCCACCUGAAGUCUACAUAGUAAUAAUGUAUUUCAACUGCAAAAGUUGCCCAACUUUUUCAGGAUAUCACUUCCCCCUACAUCCGUUUUUUAGUGAAAUACUUAAAGGUGCAGUGUGUAGAAAUGGGAAUAUUCAGUCAUAUCUAACAUUGAAACGCUCCCUUGCUCACCCCUCCUGUCAGUGAAGCAAAGUCAGCUUUCAAAGACAAGAGUUUUCUGUGAUGCAUGAACAUAAUUCUCCAUUGCUCGACUUCGCUACCAAGAGCAGUCUCAAUGGACGGGAACCCUAACCCCUCUAUAGAUAUAAAAGGCUCAUUCUUUGUUUUUUAUAUUUGAGUUAUUAUUAUCUUAUCUGAACACAUGGCAUUAGAGGCUGGGUCAUAUUUGACCUUAUUUAAAAAGACUGACUAAUGCUCAAGCUCCUUUGAUUUGUAAUAUUCUCCUGACUCUUCUCAACAACAGUCUUAGAUGGCUCCUCUCUCUUUGCUGCAGGAUGGAGAGAUUCAAAAGAUUGUUUGUACUCACAGCCAUCAGAUUUCUUAAUCCAUCUAUAGAUAGUAGAUGAGAUGAGACUCCAGACAAUCAAAAUUCCCUUUUGGGAGCAAUAAAGUCCAUAUAAUAUAUUGUAUUGUAUGGUAUUCUUCUGUCUCUGUCUGCAGGCUUGUGGAGGAGGUCAAGCUCCGAGCGAGUAGCUGCCAGCUGCAGAACGAGGACGUCUACAUGAACACCACUUUCCAGGAUUUCAUCCAGAUGUGUGUCAGAAAACUCAGAGGGGAGGAUGAUGAAGAGGAGCUGGUUGUUGACUAUGUGAGUGUGUUUCACUCUGUGGUUACAAAGAACUGUGCUGGUAACAUGCUGACUCUUGUCUUGUGCGCUGUUUGACUCCUAAGGUGGAGAAGAACAUUAACAACAUGACCAUCAAGAUGCCCCAUCAGCUCUUCAUUAAUGGAGAGUUUGUUGAUGCCGAAGGAGGGAAGACGUACAAAACCAUCAACCCCAAUGACGGGACGGUGAGGACAAAAGACAGACAGAGACAAAAUAAACACUAACGCACGACCAAUAAGUAGGAAUUCAGAUUAAACGAUGGGUACCAAAGUGAGUCACAUUAGGAGGCAUUGUCAGUAUGACAGUAAAAGUUUGGUCUCUGGCAGACUUCUUCAAACUGCCACAAAUCAUAUAUUCAAAUCAAGUUCAGUACCUUUAGUUUUUAACUGUCCAUGAGUGUCCUCUCCCUAAAAACUAUGUUUCAAAAACUCAAGUUAACAAAAAACAGAAGAGCAAGGUUGAGAAAUUAUAGUUUGAGGUGGUUAAAAUAUGAAAUGAUUAUUAUUCAUGUGCCAUUUCUAGAUCUAUUUUAAGCUUUGAAGGCACCACGACUGCACCGCCUCGUUUAACAUGACUGUCUUUGUUGUAAUAAUCAUUUACAACUUGAUUAUGUCUAUUCCUGUAUUUCAAUAUUGAGCUGAGAUAAACCUUUAUUUAUCCCACGGUGGGUAAAUUUGCAUUGUUACAGCAACAAAGGAUCAGCAGAGCAAACAGAGGAAGAAUAAGUACACUCAUCAUGCACACAGAGCACAGAUGUACAGAUGUACAGAUGUACAGAAAAAAAAUUACAAAUUAUGAAUAAAGAUUUUCUUAAAAAUGAAAGGAAAGCUAAAAAAGACUUCUGGUAAAAGUGACACCCACCUCAGUUUGUUUUAUCCAAACACAUGUAGCUAUCAAUACAGAUAAUGACAUCUCUGCACAGCCAUCAUAGUAAACUCUGUCUUUUCUUAAACUUAAUCUUUAUAUUUUCAAAUCCAAAUGACCCAAAUGUUCUUUCUGGGCCUGGAGAAAACUCGUGUUUAGUGGUAGCAUCUACAAAAAGUUGUCAAGGUUACAGCCUUUGCAAUGGGGGUUGUCAGCUGGUCCCAAUAUUAGGCCAACAUUAUGCAGAUAUUACUGGCUUGAACAGUAAAAUACAGUAGAUAAAUAAUUGUUCUCUCUGGCUGCCUAAUGUGAAUAUGUCUCUGUCUUUCUUGCAGGCCAUUUGUGAAGUGUCUCUGGCCCAGAUAAGCGAUGUGGACAAGGCUGUGGCUGCUGCUAAAGAGGCUUUUGAAGAGGGAGAGUGGGGCAAGAUGAACCCUAGAGACAGAGGCCGGCUGAUCUACAAGUCAGUGCACUUGUCCUUCAUUUGAACAUAUUGGUUUAGGAAUAAGCCAUAAUAAGAAUAAUAGAUAAGGGGAAUCAAAAUCACAGCUGAUGCGUUGGCAGUGUUUUGAUUUAAGCUUAAGGACAAGACUCUUUGAAGAGUAUUUGGUCAAACUGGCAGAGGAUCUUUGAUGAUUUAUUAAGUCAGCUCUGGGCCCUGUAUCUUCUGUACUCACUUCCACUCAGGCUGGCUGACCUGAUGGAGGAGCACCAAGAGGAGCUGGCCACGAUCGAGGCCAUCGACUCCGGAGCCGUGUACACCCUGGCCUUGAAGACUCAUGUGGGCAUGUCGAUCCAGACUUUCCGCUACUUUGCUGGCUGGUGUGACAAGAUCCAAGUAUGAAAGUCUUGUCUAUAACCCAUUGCCUGUGUUUGGGUUGUCUGCCAAACAAUAACAUAACUAAUACUGAUAUUACGUGUUUUCACAGGGAAGCACCAUCCCCAUCAACCAGGCCAGACCAAAUCGUAACCUCACCUUCACCAAGAAGGAGCCAAUAGGGUGAGAGAUGGAUGAGACUAAUAGGUUUAUCUCACCUUUUUUGUCACUGACUGGGCUUCUUGUGAUUGUUGGAUGAAAUAAGAUUCAACUUAAAGAUGGCAUUCACUUCAUUUUGAAAUCAUAAGCAGCCAAGUGUUGAGUCUAAGUAAGACCAUUUCUGUCUUCACAGAGUUUGUGCCAUCGUGAUUCCCUGGAAUUAUCCUCUGAUGAUGUUGGCCUGGAAGACGGCCGCCUGCCUGGCUGCUGGAAACACAGUGGUCCUCAAACCAGCGCAGGUAAACCUGAUGAUCUGAUUUACUGACCUAAUGAUUUGAGAGCUUGCACAUGUGGCUUUCAAGAUAACUAUCUUUUAUUUUUGCGAACUUUCAUCACAUUAUUGAAAACCUUGGACAAACAAACUCAAAUUAAUACCGUCAAUCUCUCCUCCUGCCUCUGACUGUACUCAACUUGUAGGGCUUAACAUGAGAGCACAGCAGGCAGCAAAAUAUUGUUCAGUUUUUAUUAUUGUAUGAUCAAGGGCAGCCAUAAUUGAAAUUGAAAUAGAAAUUAUGGCCUGUGGAGAUAAUUUAGUCUGAACAUGAUAUGCCCACAUUUUAUUUUGCUAAAAGUAAGUCAUUUCUUUCCAGGUUACUCCUCUGACAGCACUGAAGUUUGUAGAGUUGGCAGCCAGAGCAGGACUGCCUAAAGGAGUAGUCAAUAUUCUGCCUGGAUCAGGUAAGAUCUUCAUAAUUAUUACCUGUGGGACAUAAAAUGUGUUUCAUGGAAGUUAUGUUGAAAGAUCAUCAGGAGCAUCAGAAGCAGCUUGCCACACCAUGCAGAGUUACACAAGGACAGGUGCUGUUGAAACUGAAUAUUUUUAAACUCGUCGUUUCUCCUGUAGGUGCUCUGGUGGGUCAGCGUCUCUCCGACCAUCCUGAUGUCAGAAAACUGGGCUUCACAGGUUCUACUGAGAUUGGUAAACACAUCAUGAAGAGGUGAGUGAUUAUCCAUUUAUAUUACACUCUAAACAUACAUUCAAGAAAAUACACUAACCGGACACUUUAUAAGGGACACCUGUUCAAUUUGGCCUAAACAACAUGACAGCAUAGAUCCAUCCUGCCUUGUCUCAUCAGUUCAGGCUGCUGGUGGUCUAAUGGUAUGGGGGAUAUAACCUCGGCACACUUUGGGCUCCUUAGUACCAACUGAGCAUGGUUUAAACCCCACAGCCUCCCUGGGUCUUGUUGCUGACCAUGUCCAUCCCUUUAGGACCACAGUGUACCUAACUUCUGAUGGAUACUUUCAGCAGGAUGAUGCUCCAUGUCACUAAGCUCAGAUCACCUCAAACUGGUUUCUUGAACAUGACAAUGAGAUCUCUGUACUCCAGUGGACUCCAAAGUCCUAGAUCUCAGUCCAGUAGAGCCCUUUUGGGAUGUGGAGAUGCAGGAGAUCCACAUCAUGGAUGUGCAGCUGACAAAUCUGCAGCCCCUGUGUGAUGUUUUUAUGUUAAUACGGACAAAAAUCUCUGAGGAAGGUUUUAACAUUGAAAGGGUGCCAUGAAGAAUUAAGGGUCCAACUCUGUUCUAGCUCGGUGUACCUAAUAAAGUGGCUGCUGAUUGUAUAUUUUUGCUUAUCUUUGUGUUACUGUCGUCUAAACCCUCUACAGCUGCGCAGUCAGUAAUGUGAAGAAAGUGUCUCUGGAGCUUGGGGGUAAAUCUCCUCUCAUCAUCUUCAGUGACUGUGACAUGGACAAGGCUGUGCGCAUGGCAAGUUUAUUUUUUUAGGUCCUUUUUUAUUCAAAGAUUUUAGUGGCUGCAAAGAAAAAAAAACACAGAUUUGUCUUUGUGUUUCAGGGCAUGAGUUCAGUGUUUUUCAACAAGGGUGAGAACUGCAUCGCAGCUGGCAGACUGUUUGUGGAGGACACCAUCCAUGAUCAGUUUGUGAAAAGAGUGGUAUGUUUGAUAUAUUUUUGUCUUAAACUUCUGUACUGUAAGUAUGCUUUGUUUCACUUAUUCAGAUGAAUUUUCUCUCAGAUUGAGGAGGUGAAAAAGAUGAAGAUUGGUGAUCCACUUGACCGCUCCACAGACCACGGCCCUCAGAACCACAAGGCUCAUCUAGACAAGCUUGUGGAGUAUUGUGAGACUGGAGUCAAAGAGGGAGCCACUCUGGUCUGUGGUGGCAAACAGGUGCAGAGGCCAGGUAAGACUGCAGCAGUGGUCUAAUCCCUCUGUACAGUUCAUCUCUGACACGGUAGAAACCCUAUGACUCAUUCAAUUCAAGCCAAACAACUUUAUUCAUCCCAAAAUAGGGCAUGGAAAAACAAAAACAAAUACAAGACAACUCGUCAACCAAACAAUACACUAUGUCAUUGGUGACAACUCAGUGUGGCGACAGCAGUUAUGGACCAUAGUGCAACAAACCACAAGAGCAACAAGAAAAUGACAAUGAAUUAACAUUUCACAUGUCUAUUUGAAACAGGAACUAGUGUGUUCAUUUGUUCUCCUUGAGGGGGGUAAGGGGUCUGUCAGCUGAAUUUCGAUGAUCCUGGAGCAAACUUUGACAAUGCUGCCGAGACUAUUUUUCUCCUUUAUUGACAGUCCAUAAAACCAGCAAAUAACAGAAAAAGUAACGACUCUAAAUAUAGGAAUGAUAAAAACUACACCAAAUGCUAUUAGAAACAUUAAAAGUACUCAGCUUACAUAACAGGUUUAAUUUUUGCUUCCAGGUUUUUUCUUCGAGCCCACUGUGUUCACUGAUGUUCAAGACCACAUGUUCAUUGCCAUCGAGGAGUCAUUCGGUCCUGUCAUGAUCUUGUCCAAGUUCAAGGGCAGGUGAGGUUCGCUCAAGACAACAUCAUGCCACAAAAUGAUUCAGAUCCUUCCUGUUUGACUGUUUUAUUCUCACUCUCUUUUCUGCACCAUGUCUUUGUCUCAUAGUGAGGUCGAUGAUGUGCUAAGGAGGGCUAAUGCCACGGAGUACGGCCUGGCAUCAGGUGUUUUCACAAAAGACAUCAGCAAAGCUCUGUACGUCAGUGAAAAGCUAAACGCUGGUACAGUUUUUGUCAACACCUACAACAAGACGGAUGUGGCCUCGCCUUUUGGAGGCUUCAAGCAGUCUGGCUUUGGCAAAGACCUGGGUAAGAACAAAACAGCUACUGUUGGACUCUAUGAUUACCCUUCAGCAGCUAAAACGGUAAAUUUUGAUCAGGUUAACACACUAAGAAUAAUCACUUCGAAGACUGACUUCCAUUCAGGUCUCAUGAUUUUCUUAUUUAACCUCUAAAAGUCGAUGAAAUCCAGUUAAAAAAAAAAAAAACAGCAGUAUUCAGAAUUGCAGGGAACUUUGAUCAGUGAGUGAUGCAGACUGCAGCUGUAUGUGAGCCGCUGGUGUCCUCUGAUUCAGAAAGGUCCUGAAGUUUUAACCAAGUCCCACUCAUGACGGCAGUCAUCUUCUCUGUUCAUGGGUUUGAGGUUUACUCACCACCAAGAAAUGUGGGAUCUCUUCUGCUCUCCAGUUGUGCGGAUGUGCUCCAUCUUACACAAAAAAUGCAAGUGUAGAUUCUGUUGCAGGAUACAACCCAGUUACUAUAUCUUUGUUUGUGUCUCUAUUCCUUGAACAGGACAAGAAGCUCUCAAUGAAUACCUGAAGACAAAGGCGGUGACCAUCGAGUACUGAGUCUGAUCACAGGGAGGCGUUCGUCCAGAGGCAGUGAUGUCUGUGACACAGAAAGAUCAUUCCUUCACUGCUGCUGUUUCAUCGCUGACUGUAACACUGUAUGAACCCUAACACGAUAAUCCAUCACAUUCACGUGAUAUAAAUUUUCUCAUUAACAUACUUCUAAGCAAUGUUGUAAGUAGUCGAAGUUUGUUUGAGGUAACCCAAGAUAUUUUUGUAAUCAUCACUGAAUUUCUGAUAUGGCUUACAUUAGGUCAGAAAAUCCCACUGAAAUGUAACAUUUCUAAUAACACGUUUUGGUUAUUAAUAAAAACAACUGAACACCCGGUGCUGUGGACCUCUCUUUUUAGGCUGUGUGAUGCAACUCUGAAAAUUUGAGCACUUAUGUAUGACGCAUGUACUCAUACAGACAUGCUAGUCUACUGUCUAACACAAACAAAGUAACAGGAGCACAUUCCCAUCACGACCCUCUCCAUAAAUUAUGUCCUCUUUCCCUUUUUCACCCUGCUACUGUCUCAAGACAGACACCAUGUUAGUAAAUUUGUCAUUUCUGUAUUAAUAUCACAAACACAUGGCAUCACAUCCAUUCAUUUAUUAAAUUCAAAGCUUUGCGCACUAAA